AUGGAAAUCAAAUUUCUCCUCGGGAAGCGCGUCCUCUGCGAGGACGUCCUGCUGGCCGGCGCUGACGGGCGUAAGCGGCUUACGGCCAGCCGAACAACCUCCUCCCCCCCCCCCGCCCUCACUGCCGUCCUCACGCCUCCGCCUGUUUGUCUUGCAGUGACCAAGUUCAUCCGAAUCGGUAUCGCGGACAAGAAUGACAACCCCCCGUACUUCGACAAGGCCCUCUACGAGGCGGAGGUCGACGAGAAUGAGGACAUCCAGCACACCGUCCUCACAGUCACCGCCAAGGACCACGAUGAGUGUGAGUACCACAGUUUGCUUGCUUGCUUGCUUCUUCUUCGGAAGGAGAAUCGACAAACUAUUGACGUUACCAAUGUGUUAUUUUGCAAUAUUUCUCUGUAA